AUGGACUACAGCAAGUUCAAAGGGUACUCUGGGGUGUACCAGGAUAUCGACCAGGAGUCCCAGACCAUCUGUCUCUCUGACGAGGAUAGGCCUGUCGCCCGAGCCAUCCCUGGCUCGACCGUAUCUCUUGGCUGGGUUCGAUUCCAGAACGGUCCACAGGAACAGCGUUCAUCUGGCGGAACAAGCGGCAACGGCCUACCCCCUCGCCCUCAGCAAUCUCACGGCGCUGCGUCAGCCGACGCGGCCAUGCAUCGCGUGCAAAAGUCCUUAUCAAACCUCAAUGUUGAUGGCAACCGCCGCAGGAAGCCCCAGCAUCACGUCUCGCCACCAGCCGUCCCAGAUGCGGAGUUUGACUUCUCUAAAGGGAACGCAAGAUUCCAAAAGGAGCGACAGGCUAUGAAGGCUGCCGCUACGGAGAAAGACGAAGGGGAGGCGGAGGACACUGUCGAACUUGGAGAACCCGAAAGUGCCCCACACCCGAGCGUCGUCGCUCAGCAAGAGGAGGCGCCGAAGCCGGAGCGCAAGGCUGCUUCCUACAACAAGUCUAGCUUUUUCGACAACAUUAGCUCCGACUCGUCUCGUGUCAGUCGGGCCGAUGAGAGGCACCGUAACCUCGACACGUUUGGCGAAGCUGGGGGCAAUCAGCAUGGCGGUGGCUACGGGGGACACCGUGGAGGUCACUCUGGUUAUAGGGGACGUGGGCGGGGACGCAGAGGAGGAUACGGGCAGCAGCGCGAGUUCGUGCAUUACGACGCAUAG